CCCCAUCGCUCCUCCCCACGUCAAAAGGAAGGAAAGGGCCCCUCCGCGGGGUGUGAGCACAGCCGAGGUGCUCUAGCCGCCAGCCCGCCGAAAGCCUCCCCUGUUGGUGCUCCGCAAAGAACCAAUUCACCGCAGCAGUGAGCAGCCGGCGGUCCCUCCCCACGCUGCCAGGAUGGAGAGUCGGCAGCACAAUGCCACCAAGGAGCCUGAGAUCGAGCUGUUCGUGAAGGCUGGUCUGGAUGGAGAAAACAUUGGAAACUGCCCCUUCUGCCAGCGCCUGUUCAUGGUGCUGUGGCUCAAAGGGGUCAAGUUCAACGUCACCACAGUGGACAUGACCAGGAAACCUGAAGAAUUAAAAGAUUUAGCACCGGGCACCAACCCACCCUUCUUGCUGUUCAACAAGGAGCUGAAAACAGACUUCAUUAAGAUUGAGGAGUUCCUGGAGCAGACCCUGGGCCCACCCACGUAUCCGCACUUGAGCCCCAAGUACAAGGAAUCUUUUGAUGUGGGGAGUGACAUCUUUGCCAAGUUCUCUGCGUACAUCAAGAAUCCGCGCAAGGAAGCAAAUAUCAAUUUCGAGAAGGCCCUGCUGCGGGAGUUUCAGCGGCUGGAUGUCUACCUAAACACUCCUCUCCCUGAGGAGAUUGACCAGGACAGUGUGGAGGACAUCACCGUCUCCAAGAGGAAAUUCCUGGAUGGAGACCACCUGACUUUGGCUGAUUGCAACCUCCUGCCCAAACUGCAUAUCAUCAAGAUCGCAGCCAAAAAGUACCGCGACUUCGAGAUCCCAGCGGACAUGACAGGUGUCUGGCGCUACCUCAACAAUGCCUACGCCUGCGAUGAGUUCAGCCACACGUGUCCCGCAGAUGAGGAGAUAGAGCACACCUACGCCAGCGUCGCCAGGAAGAUGACCUAACCCUGCUGCGGGGUGCGCCGGUAGUACUGCCCCUCACAGAGCCCUCCACCUCCGCAGUCCUGACACAACCAAACCCUGGCCGAGGGAGGGACUGGAGGGGGUUUAUGGCAUCGCUACCCCCUGCCUUUCAGAAAUAGUGCCUUGCUUGACAGUCCCCUGCCGCUCCCUCCUCCUCCUCCGCCAGCUGGCUGCAGCCCCGGUGCGCCGUCAGCGCUGACCACAUGUAUGGACCAGUCCCUGUGUGGCUGCAGUGGCGACUGCAUCCCUACUGCCCGAAAAUGGGUCUCAUGGUCUGUGACCACGUGUCAUGGGGAAAGCCAGGUGCUAGCCUUCCGCAGCAGCGCUUUGGUGGAAGAGAUGAGGACUCCCCCCAAUGACUGGGCCAGCCCUGCCUCUCUCUCUGCUGCUGGAGCUGCUCUGCUCUGCCAGCCUUAUACAGUCCCAGCCAUCCCAUAUGCUCGGGAAGAGGUGUCCUGGGAUCCUAGUGCAUCACCUGGGCUGGAGCUCUUGGAAUUUGCCCAGUCGCCCUUCUGCACAGCACCCCGCAGCCUGCAUUUGGGCAAGCCUUCUCUUCCACCAAGGCAUUCAGGCUCCAUCAGAAGACACUGAAAGACCCUGCCCCCGGUAGUUUAUUGCAGUGACAAAUUGUUCUCACUGCUAGACAGCUGUAAUGUGUAUUUAGCUCUCUGUUAGGACAUGGGGGCGGGAGGAUGCUGGGGAGGAUGCCUGGUGCAAAAGUGCCAGGACCUGCUGUGGAAGGGAAGGAGGGGUGUGGGGACUCGUGAAGGGCUGAGGAUGGAGGUGACCCAGGGCCACAUGCUGCUGCUGCAAGGUCCCACCUGGCUCCUGCCUUGCAGGAUACUGCAGGAAAUGCAGCCAUGUGCAGCUCCCACUCCACCACCCCCUCCCUAGUCCCCACCAACACUUCAGGUGCCUGACUGGGAGGCAGAGGCAUGGGGUAGGGUAUCUGUCUGGUACUGCAGUACUGGACAGCCUAAGAGAGCAAGCAAAAGCUGCUUUGCAAAGUGCUGUGUCUGCAGGAGACACAUGGACAGGUUUGGUGCUCCCUGGCUCAGUGUUGUGCCUUCUUGUCCAGUGUUGUUGAUGCAAGAGGCAUCAAAGCGUCUCUUCAUACCCAUGACAUGCCACCUUCCCCCAUCUGAUGCCUCCAGCUCCCCCCAAGGGCUCCUGCCAGUGCCUGUGAAUUCAGACACCUCUCCCCAGCUAGCCCCACGGGCAAAAAAAUACUGUACAGUGAGUGUGUUGGGUCCUGUGGGGACACAGAAACAGCAGACCCCUCCUCCAGCCCUCACUGCCACUUCCCUCUUUGCACUAAAAGGUGUGUCCUUGCAAGCCUGCCUCUGAUAGCACUGGGUUUGGGGACUGGUUUUCUUAUUAAUGACUUUUGGUUUGUUUGGUAUUUUUUUUUAAAAAAACCAGGAACAGCAAUAAACUAUAUUUUAAUAUGC